CCUCAAAAAUUCUAAAAAUAAAAUAAUUCCAUCCAUCAAAAUAUCAACCUCCAUUUUUAUAUUUUCAUUUUAUUUCUACGUUGAACACUUGAAAUUCUUUUCACUGCAAUUGGUGAUUUUAAUGGCUCAAUUAUUGACUCCACUAUACCCAGAAGCUCUAAAAAUCCACAACUCAUCUUUGUGUACUAGAAGCUCAUGGCAGAUGCUACAACAAAAAACUGCAGUUAGUCCAUGGAGAUUUGCAACACCAAGUUGCAAACGAAGAGGUUUUGGUAGGGUAAGAGUUGCUACUGAACAGGAAUCAUUUUCAACCAGUGACAGUGUUGGAGCUGAAGACUAUUAUGCAGUUUUGGGUCUGCUUCCAGAUGCAACACCAGAGCAGAUCAAGAAGGCAUACUACAAUUGUAUGAAAACUUGCCACCCGGAUUUGAGUGGCAAUGAUCCUGAGACCACUAAUUUCUGCACCUUCAUCAAUGAAGUCUAUGAGGUGCUCAGUGAUCCAGUUCAGCGCAGGGUUUAUGAUGAUAUUCAUGGCUAUUCUUUGACAUCAAUCAAUCCUUUCAUGGAUGAUUCUAGUCCGAAGGAUCAUGUUUUUGUCGAUGAAUUCAGCUGCAUAGGCUGCAAAAACUGUGCCAAUGUUGCCUGUGAUGUGUUUGGAAUUGAAGAAGACUUUGGAAGAGCCAGAGUAUACAAUCAGUUUGGGAACCCUGAAUUAAUUCAAACGGCUAUUGAAAGUUGCCCUGUUGACUGCAUUCAUUGGACAUCAGCUGCACAACUAUCAUUACUUGAAGACGAAAUGCGCCGUAUAGAAAGAGUCAAUGUUGCCCUAAUGCUUUCAGGAAUGGGAUCAGCAUUAGGCGACGUUUUCAGAAUGGCAAAUACCCGAUGGGAGAAAAGACAGUUAAAAUUCUUGGAACAAGCGAGGUCAAGAAUGAUGAAGCAGAAAGGUUAUGAUAAAACAAAUUCAUACUGGGACAAUCUUCGAGGAAAACCAAGAGACUACGAAAAUUCAGAGGAGGAAGUAAAAGAAAGAGCAAAAAGAGCUGCAGCUGCUGCUAGAAAAUGGAGGGAAUACUCAAGGAAGGGUGGUGCUGUUAAGCCUUCCACAGUCAAACUUCCAGAGGCAACCUCAUCCACCAAGGACUAGGGACCCUUAUUCUCCCUAUAACAUAUCCUCUCUGUCCAAUGUAAUUAAUUCAUCCAUAUAUAGCAUGUCAUUGUAAUUUGGGUAAAUAUAACAAACAUACAUGAUUUAUAGUAGUAUAUACAAGGGUAAAUAAAAGAAAAGCUUUUUUUUUACAUGCAUCUCA